AUGACGGUCAGAGUGAAGACCCCCCGGCGGACCCCCAUCAUGCCCACGGCCAACAUCAAGCUCCCCCCUGGCCUGCCCUCCUACCUCCCUGGGCAGGCACCAGGUGCCCAGGAGGCUGCAGCCCUAGUGAGGCGCCGAGAGACACCCGCCCGACGCCCGGACCAGGUACACUCCGUGUAUAUCACACCCGGUGCGCACCCGCCUGCGCAGGGCACUCAGGAGCCCCUGGACAAGGAUGACCAGCCACCGGGGGCCAAACGGAGGUACUCAGACCCCCCGACCUACUGCCUGCCCCCCACCUCCGGCCAGGCCAAUGGCUGA